AUGGCUCAUCAGCCGCCAUUUGAUGAGCAGGCGGGCUCCAGCGGGCAGCGAUCCGUCAGUAUGCCAAACGUGAUUCCGAGUGCCAGUCUUCACCAACGGCGCUAUGAUGAAAACACCGAUUCCUGGGUCGAGGUUGCGUCGCAGCCUUCGUCCUCGUCGCUCUCCAGCAUUGGCGAUGAAAUAGUUACAACUGGCCUGCGAGUUGGAAACUCUUACAGCCGUCGCCGGCGAGUGCAGGCAUCAGCGAGAUCGGUACCACGUAUACAGACUACCAUCCCGAUCACGGGGACAAGCAGCCAAGAUGAAUAUGAUGAAAGCGACAGCGAAGAAGAUCACGUCCUCUCCAGCUCGACCGAGAACAUGCAGCCGUCGCCAGAAGAGGAUAUGGAGGAUUCUGACGGGGAGUCUGACGGAGAUGAAGGUACGGCUCUAGGGGGAGCGCAAAACCAAACCGGCUUUCGACCACAACCAAAUGCAUUCUCGCAUCCUCCAUCACAUCAGAGAAGUUACUCGUCAAAUGCGGCCAUGUCCCCACAUCCCCAUGGCGACUUUACACGACCAUCUUUCUCCCAGCGCUCGCAUACGAGAGUUCAACGGGGGCCUAGCUUCAUGUCACCCUCCGUUCGCGAAGAUAACGACGCCGCUCUCCGCGCUUCCCUGACCACUCUCCUGUCAUGCGCAGCUGCAGCUAGAGGUCUGCCUAAGAGCAAGGAGGAAACUGAGGCGCAGCGAGCUGCACAAUCUGGAGUCGGUCCCAGCAGCCAGCCCAUGGAGCUCCGCUUCGUCCCCGAAAAGGAUCUGUCGGAGGGAUCUGAGAAACCUGAACUGGCCCCGGCAGCAGAUGCAGCGGCUCCAGCCAAACGUGGACAAGCCUCUCCGGCAAGAUCAUCCUCGCGGACUCGUGCACCCUCGGAGAAGACGAAACGGGUUGUAUCAACGGCCCGAAACCCUCGAGCGAUAAAGAAGAAGAAGACGGCAACUACAGCCGUUGUUGCGGAGGAGACUCUCAUUUCUCCGACUCUCCUGACCUGGGUUGUCAGUGCCGGAGUCGUCGUGCUCGUAUCCGUAGUUGGCUUUGGAGCUGGCUAUGUUAUUGGGCGUGAAGUCGGCCGCCAGGAAGGCUUAGCAGCAAGCGUCAGCAGCGUCAAUGAGACUGCUUCUUCCAGCCGCGACGUGAUUCGCUCGUCCGGCAGCGGCCUAAGACGAUUCAAAUGGGGUGCCGUGGGAAGAAGCAUUGUCGCCCAAGCGUAA